UAGAAAAAUACCAAAACAUUUCCCAAAUUCCAUUAUCUCACAAAAAAAAUGGAAUUUUCUUUCCAAAAAAGUGUAUCAUUUUUCCUAGUUUGCUUCUUAUGCCUCACCCAAUUUUCUCCUAUUUCUUGUGAUAAGAAAGUUUCUUUAGCUUUGUAUUAUGAAAGCCUAUGUCCUUACUGUUCCAAUUUUAUUGUUAAUUAUUUACCUAAGAUUUUCAAGAAUGGGAUUAUUGAUAUUGUUGAUUUAAAACUUGUUCCAUGGGGUAAUACUAAGCUUAAAGCCAACAACACCUUCAAAUGCCAGCAUGGUCCAGUUGAAUGUUUUUUGGACACUGUAGAGGCUUGUGCAAUCGAUGCCUGGCCAGAUUUGAAUGAUCACUUUCCUUUCAUUUACUGUGUGGAAAAUCUGGUGUACCAUAAGAAUUAUACCCACUGGGAAACAUGUUUUGAAAAACUGAAUUUGAAGGCAAAGGUUAUUAAGGAUUGUGUUGUCAGUGGACGAGGGAAAGAGCUCGAACUAUGUUAUGCAGCUGAGACAAAUGCCCUUCAGCCUCCACAUAAAUAUGUACCAUGGGUUGUUGUUGAUGGCCAACCGCUUUACGAUAACUACACAGACUUCAUAAGCUUCAUCUGCAAAGCUUACAAAGGAACUGCUCCAGUCCCCGGUUGCAACUCAUCCGUCAAUGUCAUUAAAAUAGGAAGGAAAUUUAAUCCUUUCUGUUUAAAGACGACAGCUAUUUCCAAAUUAUCAACUAUAAGUUCAGCUAUUACGUCGUGGUUGAACCGCUUUAACCUGGCUGCAUUUGCAUAAUCCACAAGCUGCUUUGUCGUGCUGCUGCUUAUAACAUACCCGAGUUCUUUGAUGCUAGUUCUUUUUAUGAAGUGAUGAAGAUACUGUAGUUGGUGAAUGCAUUUGUAAUAUUUGUCAUUUUGGAUGAUAAUGAAGGUUCUCAGUUCUCUCUAAUCAGCUGUUGAUAGGAAAUGUUGUAAUAUGAGAAUUUGGCUCAAUUGGGAUGUGGGAAUACAAAGUAUGGAUUUUUAUAAGUUGUC